AGCACCAUGGCGGACGAAGAGCCCAAGAAGAAGCGCGUGCGCAAGGUUGUCCGCAAGAAGGUUGUCCGCAAGCGGGUGGUGAAGCGGGUGAGGAAGAAGUCGUCGGCGACCAACAAAGCCGACGGCCAUAGCUCGGCCUCGGCGGGGGCAUCGGCAGAGGCAUCGACAGAAGCAGAAGCAGAGGCGGCUGGUCAUGUCAAGGCGAAGCGCAAGGUGGUGCGCAAGAAGAGAGUCAUCCGCAAGCGCCGCGAUGACCACCAUAGCUCGCAUGAUGACGGAGAGCCUGCUGCUGCGCCUGCUGCUGCGCCUGCGGCGGCUAUUGCUGCCAAGGCCGACAGCUCGGCUGCUCCGGCAGCGGCAGCGAUGGGCGUCGCGGCGGAAGGAUCAAGGUCGGGUUCCGGGGAGGCGGCCAAAGAUGGCGGGUCAUUGUCGUCGUCGUCGCAUGCAGACACCACACUGGUGCCGGAGCCGACGGCAGAGGAGGAGGCAGCGCGGGCGGCGGCGGAGCGGGCAGCGCUAGAGGCCAGGGCGGCUGAGCGGGCGGCAGCACCAGCGGCGGACGAGCCAGAGGACAGACCGGAACCGACCGAGUCGGUCAUUGUCACCAUUGCGCAGGUCGAUGGCGAGGCCAAAUCCAAGCUCCGAGUCAACGAGUACACGACCGGGCAAGAGCUGAUGGACAUGUACGCGCGUAAGAUUGACCUCCUCGAGACGCAGCUCUUCGACAUUGCGCUGGUGGAGGACGGCGAGGACGGGCUCGACGUGGGCGAGUUCCAGUGGAUCGAUCGCGACGAGCCGUGCCUGGCGCAGGGCAUCACGUCGGCGUCGUUCCUCCAAAUCCGCGUCCGCUACUUUUCGCAGAACGUGGGCGCGUCGACAGACCCGACUGCCGUCUCGUUGCAGUACGCCGAAGUCCGCGCACGAGUCUUGGCGUCCAAGUGGCCGACAACGCUCGACCAGGCCAUCCGCCUUGCCGCCUUCUCCUUUGUCUCCGAGUACUCGGGCUACGAUGCCGCCAAGCACCGCGCUGGCUUGCUUGCUGACAAUCUGGCGACAGUGCUGCCGGCAGAGCAUGUGCCCAAGAAGAAGAAGGCGCGCAAAAAGGUGGAGGCCGCGAUCUUUGAAGCUGCUGCGCUCAUCUCAGGCACAAUCAAGGUCAUGGCUGAGAUGAACUACUGCGAGUAUGCUGCUGGCCUACCCGACUACGGCGUCCAGCUGUACGUGCUGACACAGGCGGUCGACGGCGCGCAGGCGAUCGGCGUCUGCCCGCGCGGCAUUGUGCUAUACGCCGACGCCGAGGGGCGGAGCCAAGUCCGGAUAGCGUCGUUCAAGGCCGAGCUUGCGGGCGCGGUGGCUACAGUCGACAGUGCUUCACCAACAGUGGUGACUGCCGGUGGGCUGCGGAUGAUGCUGCCGUCUGCUGCGCAGGCGAGCGCAGUUGCGAACGCGCUGCAGGCAUAUGCGGCAUACGCCGCAAGCGGAGCGCUCCCGCUACGGGCCGACGCACAGCUCACCCGCGAGCCGACGACCAUGACGCUGCGGAUCCGGUCCGGGUGGCCCGGCGACAAGGGCAGGCUCAUCACCAUCGACGAGACUGCGACGGUGGGCGAGCUCAUGAACUCGUACGCGGAACUGCUGCGGGUUCAUGAUCGCCGCUGGCUGGGCCUCUGCGACUCGACCGCCGACGCCGACCGGUGGCUCAACCCAUCCAAGCUGGUCAUGGACGAACACGUUCACGUCGGCUCGACGCUUGUGUACAAGCUCCGGGUCAUUGUCCUCAACGAGCGCGAGUUGGCCAAGUCCAAGGACGCGCGCGCGCGCCAUCUAUACUACCUUCAGUUCCGGCAGUACGUGCUCGACGGCACAUACACUGUCACUGAGGACCAGGCCGUACUCUUUGCGGCCUACCGCUUCCUCGCCGACUUUGGCUCAUACUUUCCGCCCGAGACAGAGAUCGACGGCUCGGAUGGCGACGUGUUUGGCGGCGGAUCAGAGGACGACGACGAGCUGCCGCCGGACCCGACAACGACCAAGGGCUACCUUGUUGCGCAAGGUAUCGAGAGGACGUACAUCCCGCACUACCUCCGCGUCCAGUACACCGACUCAGAGUGGGAGAAGCGGAUCCGCGCAAAGUGGCGCGAGCUCGGCGAUCUUGGCAACGCCACUUAUGUCGAGAAGCUGUAUCUCGAGGAGAUCCUCAAGCUCAACUCGUUCGGCGUCGAGUACUUUCAGCUGUACGAGGCGUCCGGCGGAAGCAACGAGUACGGAGGCACCGCUGUCGACACCGUCCUCCUCGGCAUCUCGCAAAAGGGCAUGGCUCUCGUCCGGCCGCCGCACUUUGAUGUCCUCGCCCGCUUCCCGUGGCCCGUCACCCGCCUCACCAACACCGCACACGCCAUCAAGGUCGAGAAGGCGUCCAAGACUGCCGCGGGUCAGCGCGAGUGGUCCGCACGCAUCCUCCACACCAUCUCGCCGCUCCAGGGUACCAACAUCCGCAUCCUAGCCUCGAUGUACCAGCAGAUCGCCUAUCGGCCAGGACUCUUCACCUUCUUUGUCCUCCAUGACUGGCUCCAGGAGCAGGUAGUCAAAGUCGACGGCUUCCACCAUGGCCUCACCCUGACCUUUGUUGAGUUUGCUGCGGUUGCCCUCGGCUCGGCCGUCACCCUCCACCUCUCGCGAUCGCUCCGAGUGCGGGCGCUUGGGGCGUAUGCGGUGCUCUCAGUGGCCAUGCUGGCGUCGAUGGCAUCGGCAAACCUCUCGCUGCAGUAUGUCUCGUUCCCGCUCAAAGUCUCGGUCCGAUCGGGCAAGCUCAUUCCGACCAUGAUCGUCGGCUCGGUCAUGCUGGGCAAAGAGUACAAUCGCGGACAGUAUGCCGCGGCUCUGCUGCUCUGCGCUGGCCUGGUCGGCUUCACCCUCACCUCACGCUCGCAGGCCAAGGCUGCUGCUGUUCAGCUCCCGCAGAGCCAGUUCUACGGCGGCCUGGCGCUAGUUGUCGGAUCGAUCGUCCUCGACUCGAUUGUGCCCAACCUGCAGGAGUGCGUCAUGGGCCGCCUCCGCCGCGGCACGUACGAGACCAUGCUCUUUACCAACAUCAUUGGCGCCUCGGUCCUUGCAGCGCUGGCAGCCAUGUCUGGCGAGCUUGGCCCGGCCGUGCGUGAGCUGGUCGCGUCGCCGAUGCUGCUGCUGCGGCUGAUUGCCUUUGGCUCCUCCACCUUUGGCGGCGUCACCUUUUACAUGCGCCUCGUCCGCGCCUACGGUGGCGUGACUACCGUCCUCAUCACCACCACCCGCAAGAUCAUCACUGUCACCCUCUCGUUCCUCCUCUUCUCCGAGAACACCUUUUCGCCCGGCUUUGCGCUCUCGGGCAUGCUCAUCGUUGCCGGCAUCGCCGUCAACACCUACGCCAAGUCGAGCGGCACCAAGGCCGGCGGGCACUCGACCACGUCGGCACCAAGGGCGACGGCAUCUCAGCUCGUCGGCCGCAUCCGCGCGCUUGCCAGCCGCGACGAGCCGGUGUGA